AAGUCCAAUGAACAAUAUAUGAAGUGAAAUGAAAACAAAUAAAUUACCAACUAACCCUUUAAGGAACCACCGGUUGAGUCAACAAUACGACUGAAUGUAUUUUGUUUUCAGUAGAGUUUAAUACAGAUUAUGAGGUCCUCCUGAGCUGAUCUGAUUCAAACUGAUGCUCCGUGUGUCUGUGCGUGGGAUCGUUCGUGUGUGUGCGCGCGCGCGUGGAUUCAUGCGUGUAUGUGUGUCACGUUGGUCUGUGAUUGGCUGCGGGCACAGCAGCCGCGAGUCGCUCUCCUCGGUGCUGAAAUCGCUGCUCAUUUAGAUCAUGUAAACAGCGAUGAGGCCGAAAAGGAGCGUCAGCCAAUGCAGCCGAACAUGGACGAUGAUCUGUUCCAGCUGAGACAGCUGCCUGUUGUCCGCUUCCGACGCACUGGUGAGAGUACACACUCUGAGGAUGACAACGAUAACAGGGAGCAGGUUGUCAGGAUUGAACAGCAGGCUGAGCUGGAGUCUGUUGCUCUUGCAGAAGGAGCUCCUAUUCCUCGGGAGUUUGCAAAUCCCACUGAUGACAUCUUUAUGGUAGAAGAUGCGGUGGAGGCCAUAGGCUUUGGGACGUUCCAGUGGAAACUGUCCAUUCUCACUGGUCUGUCAUGGAUGGCUGAUGCCAUGGAGAUGAUGAUUCUGAGCAUCUUAGCCCCACAGCUUCACUGUGAAUGGAGAUUACCCAGCCUAGAGGUGGCGCUGCUGACAUCGGCUGUUUUCAUUGGCAUGAUGAUCAGCUCCUCACUUUGGGGAAACAUAGCUGACAAAUAUGGCAGAAAGACGGGCCUGAAGAUGAGUGUGUUGUGGACUAUGUUUUAUGGCUUGAUGAGUGCAUUUGCACCUAUUUACGGAUGGAUCCUUGUCCUCCGAGCUCUAGUGGGCUUUGGCAUCGGAGGAGCUCCACAGUCGGUGACACUCUAUGCUGAAUUUCUGCCUAUGAAGUCUAGAGCCACAUGCAUCUUGUUGAUUGAGGUAAUUACCACACUGUACCAUCAGACACAGCCAACAUUUAACUAUUUUGUUGAUGUCAUCCAGAUAAUACAAAUCAUAAUUGCUCUGAUGUUAAAGUUACUUUCGCUAAGGAUUUUGCUAAAUGGUGUAUUUGUCAUUACAGUGCAUACAUUGACUAUUGUUACAAUACAGAUAUUUUGGGCCCUGGGAACCGUAUUUGAGGUUCUCUUAGCGAUACUAGUGAUGCCUACUCUGGGCUGGCGAUGGCUACUUGGACUCUCUACCAUUCCUCUCUUUAUCUUUGCCAUCUUGUGUUUUUGGUUACCAGAAAGUGCUCGAUAUGACAUGCUGACAGGAAACCAGGAAAAAGCUCUGGCCACACUGAAGCGCAUCGCCACAGAGAACGGAGCGCCAAUGCCACUGGGUAAACUAGUGGCUGCCAGACAGGAGGAUCGUGGAAAAAUACGAGACCUAUUUUCAUCAAACCUUCGCUGGACCACAGUUCUGCUCUGGUUUAUUUGGUUUGCUAAUGCAUUCUCCUACUAUGGUCUGGUUCUUCUGACAACAGAGCUGUUUCAGGAGGGAGGGGCAUGUGGAACGUCCAAAGGCAAUAAGAUGGAGCCACAGUGUAGCUUGGAGUGUAAAUACCUGAACUCUGAUGACUACAAAGAUCUACUGUGGACAACGUUAUCUGAAUUCCCAGGCCUGCUGGUGACACUGUGGGCUAUUGACCGACUGGGCCGGAGAAAAACUAUGGCCUUGUGUUUCCUCGUCUUCUCCCUGUGCAUCAUUCCGCUCUACGGAUGUGUCGGGAGAACAUCCAUGACAGUGUUGAUAUUCAUCGCCAGAGCCUUCAUCGCAGGAGGGUUCCAAGCUGCUUACGUUUACACUCCCGAGGUGUAUCCGACAGCAACCAGAGCCUUAGGCCUGGGAACCAGCAGUGGAAUGGCCAGAGUUGGAGCUCUCAUCACGCCAUUUGUUGCACAGGUUAUGUUGGAGUCCUCUGUGUAUCUGGCUCUGUCAGUGUACUGCUGCUGCUGCCUGCUCGCUGCCAUAGCUUCCUGUGCACUGCCGAUUGAGACAACAGGCCGGGGACUGCAGGAGUCCAGCCACCGUGAGUGGGGUCAGGAGAUGAUGGGCCGGGCCUCAGGCAGAAUUCCACACUCUGCCUCCCAGGGCUGAGAUGAAGCCAACUGCAUCUCCGCAUAGGCGACCACAAUGGAGAGGAACUGCAGGGAGUGGCAUCAAAAAGAAAAACAAGCUCUGUGUCCAUCUCCAGUCCUUCCCUAUGACCCUAUGAGCCAGGCAGCACAAUCGUUUUACAUGUCACAGUAAUUAUAGGUUACAACUGCCAUUGCUGUCACAGGUUUCCACAGUAUUAGUGCAGACAGGGUGACUGGAAAAGAAAACAGAAGUGACCUGAAGAAAUGAUAGAUAGAGAAUGACAGAGUGAAGAUGGAGGCCAUGAUUGUGAGAAGAUGUAGCUGCAAGCAAUUGUCUUCUUUUCAAUAAGCCUUAAAACUACCUAUCCAUUUUAUGGUUGCAAAACUGACCAACACUUAGUGAAGAACCUGCUUUAUUUGCAUUCUCAACAUAACCACAUCGAUAAGUGCACAUACAACUACAAGCUCAGCUUUUAAAAAAAAUGCAUUUCUGGAGAGGAAAAGCUGCACAAACAUUAUCAACUGAUCAUUUGACAAAGUGUCAAGCUCUAGGUCAAAACUUGCAAACGCACUAAACAUUGAGUCAGAGAUUUAAAACCCCUGUGACCAUUAGAUUCCAAAUCUUGAGCUAGUAGUAAUUCUCACGUUGGUGUAGACCAGGGGACUCAUAGACAUAUCGUCUGGAGGACAAAGGCCACUCAACAUUAUGUAUUUACAGUUAUUUUUCUCUUUUCAUAGACACCUGGCAUGAUUUAAUGACAACCGAGUAACCUUUUCUUUUAGAGAUUGAUGGAAAAAAAGUCAGACGUAAUACUUUAUUAUCUUGUCACAUUAAUCCCCACACAUCUAAGGUUGCCACGUAGCCUACAGAUACAGGACAACACUGCAACCAAGUGGCUCGAGUUUUAAACUGCAAGACAUUUGCAUCAACACAAGUCACAGCUUACUAAUUGCCUGUUCAUCAGUAACAAAAAGUAGCAAAAACUGAGAACUAGAAGUUGUAUUUUGACCAAUAUUUCAUUUAUUAACAAAAAAUUACACGCAAAUUACACGCAUUAUAACUGAGCGCGUCAUUAUUAAAAUACCAUGACAUUAAAAUCACAUCUAUAUUAGUACAGAUUGUAAACAAUAAACAAAUCUGAUUAGAAAAAAAAUGAAUUGGUAUUUUUAUGACCCAAAGGUAUUUCUAAAUCAGAGUUGCGAAAGAGUCUUGGGUGCAGUGUCUGAUAAACCGUGUUUCUCUCUCCUGUGUGUCUCUGCACCUAACCGACUACAACAUUUAGCACAAAGCUAAGUUCUGUCAUUUGUAUUAAUUGUGAAUUGUGUAUUAAAACCUAUUAUAUUUAUUUUUGUCUAGUACAAAUAUGACGUGCAAGACCUUGGUCAACCUGGUCGUAUUGUGAGUGAGUUCAUUCAAGUGAUUGUUCCUCUACUAAAUCAAAUCGUGUU